AUGGCUUAUCGCCCACAAGGGAACGGCAAGGCUGAGCGAACAGUACAGACCCUGACACGAGCCCUGAAGAUGUACGUCGCAGACGUCAACCAACAAGACUGGGACGACUAUGCAGAGGAACUGACAUUUGCGUUGAAUACCGCACAUGAUCGAGUGAGAGGAGAAACGUCGUUCUUCUUGGUCCAUGGAUGGGACCCGCGGUCGACACUUGAAGCAGUUGUUUCGGUGGGAUCGACACGCCGCCGCGAUUGCGAUGCACGGAGAUGGAGGUACCACAUACAGGGUCAAUACCGCAGAGCCAGGGAAGCGGUCAAUGAGAACCUACCCGACCUCAAUUGCGCCGCUCUGUUGUACGAGUAUGAACGCGGACGUACCAGCCGCAACCGCUUCAACGUGAUGCAAUCACACGAAGAAGGGGUGAACGUUGAGUAA